AUGGGUAGUGACAAUAGCAAAACAUCAGUAGAUUAUUAUCCAAGGACUGUACCUAAAUCAAUAUUAAAGAAACAAACUGCAUAUCCAGGUACUCAUAUGCCUGACAAGACUGGUUAUCCUCAAUAUCCUGAUAAUUAUCAUAAACCAUACAAUGGAAAUUAUACUCAAGCACAAAGUAAACAUCAUGUACCUGAAGACUCUUUAUCAUCUCAUCGUCAUCAUUCACGGCAUCAACAUCAUCAUCGUCAUCAUCAUCACCAUCGUCCACAGCAUUUUGAACGAGAGACUCAAACAACUCCUUCGAUAUUGUUUAGAACUGAUAAUCCAGUUCAAAAACCAAUUUCAAUUACAAAUGAUGGACGUUCCACUCCUGUUCUUCUUCAAGAAAACUCGAGUUCGAACUUACUUGAUGGACUUUCUACUCCGCCUUUACUUGACGAAAGUUCGAGUUCCAGUUCACUUGACAAACAUUCAACUUCUCCAAUUAAAAAAUCUCCACGUAUCAUUUCACCUCAUAAAUCUACAUCUCCUGCUGUAGUCAAACAACUCUCGUCUUCUCAUGUAAAUAAAAAACAUUAA